AUGGCUGCUCGCCUACCACGCUUCCCCGUCCUCCUCUUCGUCUUCCUCGCCGUCCAUAUCGCCGCCGCCCAUGGCGACCCUGCUCCGCUCCCGACCACCUACGACGGUUCCAUGUGCCCGGAAUCGUCCAGCUGCGGCAACGUAUCUAUCAGAUAUCCCUUCUACCUCUCCAGCACAACCAGAAACAUCACCGAUUACAAUACAUCCUACUCCUGCGGCUACACCGACCUGGAGAUCUUCUGCCAGGACGAGGGUCCGACCGGGACGCCGGUUAUCUUUCUCGGCGGUGACAAGUACACCAUUCUGAACAUCGACUACGACAGCAAAACCAUCAUCCUGGCGGACAGCGACGUGCUCCUCGGCGGCAGCUGCCCCGCAGUCCGCCACGGCGUCAGCUUCAACAAGAUGUGGCUGCACAACACCAGCUCCAACGACAACCUCACCUUCUACUUCAACUGCUACUCAACACGCGGUCAUGAUGAGGUGCCGCCGCCUGACCUGGUCACAUACGAGAUCGGCUGCAACCUCAAGAGCCCGUAUGCCGAUGGAGCUUCCUUCGUCUUUACACCUGACGAUCAUGAUAAAGCCAAAGAGCACGCGCUGGAUCAGGAUGGGCGUUGCAAGGAAGUCGUCUCCGUGCCAGUGAGGAGCGAGGUUCUGAUGGCAAGGAACCAGUCCGUGCUUGUGACGGGCGGAUACGCUGAGGUGCUUUGGUACGGGUUCGAGUUGGAAUGGAACCGAGCAACAACGGAUCAGUGUGAUUUGUGCGAGCAGGGCGGCGGGAAGUGCGCCUACAGCCAGAAGAGGGAAUUCACGGGCUGCUUGUGCUCCAACGCCAAGGUGGGCCACCCGGAUUGCAGACCAAGAAGCUCUUUGCUGGAGUGA